AUGAAUAGCUUCUCGCACUCAUUUUUAUUAUUAUCGAGGAAAAAGUUAAAGAUAUACGAUGAUCCAAAACCAGAUAUAGUGGUCGUGGAGUCACCUAGUAAAUUAGAGGAAACUAUAACGAAAACUAAGCUCAAGGCCAGAAAGAUGCUCGAGGAUGUCGAGAAGCAAUUCAAACAAGUAUCGGAUCGUUGGAUCUCAAUUGAACAAAAAAUUGACAGAACAAUUAAUGAAGUCGUGUCACCUAAAGAGCGAUUGAUGCCUGAAGUUUUGUAUGUUGGCGUUGCUGGACUUGGAGGCUCUGUACUAGCUAAAAAUCGUGGCAUAUUUUUGCGUCUAACAACUCCAAUAGCAUUCACUAUCGCAGCUUCCUAUUAUUUCUUACCGGUAACAUCACAUAAUAUUGCGAGAAAACUCUCUGAAUACGAACAGAAAUCACCAGCAUUGGUAAAUGUCCAUCAAUCCAUUUCCCAGACGACCAACGAAACAAAAAACAAAAUUGAGGCGCUCACGUCUGAUAUAAAACACACCUAUAAUGAUCAAGUGAAAAAAGUUGAAGCGGAAGUUAAAAAGAUAUGGAAAUAA